CCUCCAACUUUGACCUCCGUCUGCGCCAAGAUGAGAUCGAUGAAGGGCUGAUCUUCUCUUCUCGGCGCAUCGCCAAUGACUCAUCGACUGCAAGCACAAGCUGUACAUGUGAUUCCGCCUCCCUCGGAAUUCCAAACGAGACAGUCACGAGUAGAGCUCAAAGCCAUUUCACAUUCACGCAGCGCGACUCUCUCUCUCUCUCUCUCUCUGCUUGCCAUCGACAAUCUGGUACGUGGCCUCUCUUCUUCACGCUUCGUGAUUGACUCCCUCGAUUCUAGGGGAUAUCCACUGCCUAUCGCCUUCUGAAGCCGACCUCCCUAAGGACCUCGCCAGCGCAUUGAAAGCCCGUCAUGCCUUUGAAAAUAUCCAAAUUGUUCAAGGAAAAGGGACCCCCGCGGGAGUCGUUCCAAGGUUCGUUCGACGCUUCCAAGCUGUAUCCCAUACCUGCCAACGUGGCUCAGCAGCUCCAAAGUGGAGGACCGUACAACUUUGAGAACACCUUUUCUCUCGCACGCGGUGAAUUCGACGUGCCCGCUCAGCAGUCGACUUGGGCUUCCGGUGCCAGACAUGUGCGCGCUCACGCUCACGCAGGCACUCCUUUACCACUCGUCUCUUCCGACCGAUCGCCGCGCAAGACUCCGCCGCUGACGUACGACGAGCUGGCACUUCACAACGUCCCGUUUCGUCCGCACGCCGGCUCAGAAAUCGGUGUUGCUACUACGAGUCCAUCGGCAAGAGAUCCGAAGCGAGCCUCGAGUCGCUUUGCGGACUUUAAGAAUGUCCUCAAGGACAAGGUACAGGGCUUGUCGAGCGCUGGCAAGUCGUCGAGGGGUCAGAGCCUCGAUUUGGAGCAGAAAGGCGGUACUACGCCCUUUCUUCAAGCCGACACCUUGACUAGAGAGUAUUCCACUCAAGAUGGCAUCCGUCCCGCAACUGCACCGACACCAUAUUCCACCGCACAGCAGGCCUCAAACCCACAAAGCUCGCCAGGACCAGCUUUGCCGCGACCCCCUGCACCCAUCGAUGAGACGGACGCAAUUGCGCAGGCUACCCUGACAGGUUCCCCGCGUUGUGCGGCGUUCGGCCAAGCACCGCAUGAUGGUCAAGUGCUGACUCGUGCUAAGCCGGAGCGUCGAGAUCAACAAUCUCCCGAAAGAAUGGGCGAAUUUCAGACUGCACACCCACGCCUCUCGCCUCCGCAGCAGUCUAACGCGCCAACGGGACUAGCCUCCGGGCGUCGGGAAACAACGCACGACCACCCUUUCACGUAUCCUCCAAUUCCUCCGGCAGGUCACGCGAAUCCGAGUAGUUCACAACGGGCAGCGCAGUACAUGGAAGCAUCCACUUUGACGCAAGAGGUCACGAAUGCUGCCCAUCCUUUCAGCGCCCAUGCUUUAGCAUACGCAACAGACAAAUCGGGCGCUGAAAGAUGGGAGGACGUUGCACAAAGCACUGGUCCGACGCGCCCACAACGCUUUGCACCCAGCACUGGCACAGCGCUUCAGCCAGGUCAAAUCACCACUUGGCAAGAUGGUGCUGCGGGCGGGUCUGACGCUCCUCCGCGUGCUCCUCGCCUGCCACCCGCAGGCGUUGAUCCUACUUGGGACGCCAUCAAGCGCAAAGCGGAGACGAAGUUUGAAGAGUGGAUGCAGCGAUCCCCCGAGCUGUUGCCCGAUCCUAAUCGCUCCCCAGCCUCGUCAGGUUACAGUCCAGUUCCGAGUUUCUAUCAAGCUCAUAUGGGCCUGCAUAGUCCUCCUUUGGCGCUCGUGACGGAUCAAAUUCUGCCUUCAGGCUUGCCGACUUACAAUCAUAGCGGUCCGCCGAUAUGGUCAGCGAGUUGGCUACCAAGCCCCCGCGUGCGCGGAUCUGAAGGCAAGCACGAUCGCCAGGAGGAGGGUUCUUCUGGCAUUCCGCGCAUUUCUAGCCCUCAGCGGGUCUGCUCUCGAGACAAAAGUGAGGCGGAGCACGCUGCAGUCAUGCGCUCAGUGCUUCAAUCCUCUGGUCUGAAUACCUCAAGCAAGAUCCUCUUUGCAUCUCGCCCAAAGCACGUUCUCGAAUGUCCUGCGGAGGAAGGAGGUCAACGCUCUUCUAUGGGAGCCCCGAGCAAGGGUGAAAGCGCAAAUACGGAUGUGCUGUACAAGCAUCUCAAUCGGGUGUUGGACCCGGAGGAGAUGCGACUGGCUUUUGCGCCCUAUGCAAGACAAUUGGCGCGGGACGAAAUGCCGAUAGAGAAGAAGUAUGCUCCGCUCAGACGCAAUGUUGACGAUCCCAACACAUCCAGUAAAAGCCAGUCGAGGGAUCCGCAUGCUAAACGGGAGCGUCUUGAAAACCUGUUCGGCAAUCCUGAACCACCCAGAGCACCGGGCGAACUUCACUCUGCCGUUUCUCAUGACCUUAUCGACCUCAGGUCGAACGGCUCGCAGGGGCUCUCCGGUCCCCACUCGCGAUCUAGCCGAACCACUGCGCCAAGUGCACAGUCGAAGAGUAUGGUCAAUGCUGCAAGCCUCCGACAGGAAUUACAGCGUCUGGCAGAUCUGCAGACAGCGCCUCGCGCCAGACAGUCCACUGUGAUGCAGCGCGAACAUAAGAGCGAGGUAGUGCAGAUCUCCGCAGAUCAAGCUGUGGUGCGUCACGAGCAGGAUCCUACACCUACAGAGGACUCGUUCCCUCAAUCGCUAUCAGGAGUGAACAAAGGCGGACAGUCUGAACUGCGGGGUUUGGGUCUCACCAUUCCGGCGGGCUUCACAAUCGAGCAACAGGGCGAUGCGGAGUUUCAAGGUGCACAGAAAGCAUUCGGUGGGUUAGAAGACUCAAAAGGUAAACGACGUGAGACCGAGCCACCUUCUGUCUUGGCGCCAGCACCAAUAUCGGACGAACACCAGCAAAUCGAGGCUGACGAACGAUGGCAGUCGCUUGCGCCGACCGGCCCCCGCGGGGUCAUGCUCGAGACGGUCGCAGAGGUCACCGAAUGGAGCGCAAGCAACGGAGGAUCCGAUCGCGACAAUUCGAAAUUGAGAUUUCAGACCGAGCGACGACCUUCGUUGCCCAGCCUCAAAGCUCGCCAGCGCACUUUGCGCCACACGGACACCAAGACUAGGACCGAAUCUGAAGGGUCCGGCAGCCUAGGUCUCGCAGAGACUCAUCGAAUCUGGCCUCAGCUCGCCUUGCUAGAUGCUACAGGUACUGCUGAUGAUAUUCUCGAAGGCGAUUUUUCGUUUGAGACGGACAUUGAGAUUUCUGAAUCCUAUCCCGUGGACGAGCCCUCACCUUUGCGCGGCGGUCGUUCUCAGCUCACUCUGAUACGACCCGUCGAUGCAAGUAUGCUGACGCCCACGCGAACCCCGAGGCGAACGGUAGCCCAAGGGCAGUGGGUCGCAGAGGUGAAAGAGCCUCAGACACAGCUCGCCGAAGGGUCUACAAAUACGCCGAAGAAGGAAUCUGUGGCGAGUCAGAGGAUCGAAGAAUGGAGAAAGGUGGUGCCGGUAUCAGAAGUAGGGCCUGCCGUGAUGAUUCCUCUAAAGCCUGCAACACCACCCCAGUCUCCCUUUUCCAAAGCCAGCAAGCCUUCUGUUGGUGCAUCGAAAAGAGUCUCGAACGACAGUUCAGCGCUCACGAGCUUCAGUCGCUCGCCACUUGCUCGACUUGCGGAAGCAAACGCGAAUGAUGCCGGCAAUGGACGAAAUUCUGGUCGAUCGAUGGAGGAUCGCGAAGACCACUUUCGCUUACCUGUGCAGAUCGUUCUGCAACAACACGCGGUCGACGUCUCGCAAGGCGAUCCAGGAACGGAUAAUCAAGUCUUCGUGCAGGGCACGCCGUCUAGUGCACUCGAGCAUGGGCCUAGCUUGCCUUUUACGGGCACAAGCCACCUUAUCCAUAUCGACGAUGCAACUGCUGAGCUACUGUUCAACACUGAGGCGCGCGAUACCCGGCCCGAGACCGUUGAUCAAGACGCGAAUCGAGCACCGCAGGCUUUGCCCAUUGUCGACGUUGUCGAUGAGAAGGUCAAGGAGCGCGAGCGCAUCGCUGAUGCUGCGGCUGAUCAAGGCGGUUUGAAGCUUGGAAAGCAAGUGCCUAGUGGUGCCCAAAGGGAUGAGGACUUGCAAACCACAGUGACUCGCUCAGGUCUCGCAGGGUCAGAAGCUUUGACGAGCAAGGAAAAACUCGUCUUUGAUCUCUUGUCUCGGGAGAAUAUUGAUGGCAAGCCUGCAGUCGAAGUACUACUCUCGUGCUAUCCGCGCGAAACACGCGCAUUCUUGCGCAAGAACCCCAGGCUGUUGCUGCUCUUGACCCUGCGGUCACAAACGGCAAGCCAAAACUUCAAGACUUUCUUGCCGUCGAUCGAUACGGCGCUUGGCGAUGGGGACAAGCUGCUGGAGCCCGCUCUGGAAAAGAUCCUGGAAUAUGUCACGAAAGCUGGAGAAAUCACUAGCUUGCAACGCUCUUUACUCCAACUACACCAGGAUCUCGUCAAGAUGGUAUCCAACGAAUCGGCCACGCUUGAUUCUAGGGUGACCGCACUCGAGCAAGCGAUCUUUAAUCCAUACUCGCCUGGAAAGGCGUCCUUCUCCACCAAACAUGAGUCUAGCACCGCGACGCUCCGUCCACCUAGACUUUGACUGCUUUGACUGCACGACACUUUGCACACGACACUUUGCAACUUUGAUCUCGCUUUUGGGUUCUUAGCACCGCACCUACCCCACGUACUGAGCUUACAUCCUACCAAGCGUGGAUACGACGCGAUGACCUCAUGAAAGAUCUGGGCCCUGUCGCCCCCCCGCGCAGCUCGAUGCCGUUUGCCCCUGCUCUGUCAUUCCCAGCAUCUAGACGCAGCUUUGCAC